CGUAAACUCGACAAAAAAAUGAAAUAAAAUAAAGAUGCAAAUAGGUUGUGAUGUGUGUGGUGCAGCUGCGGCAGAAGUGGUGUGUUGUUCGGAAGAGAAGGCUUUUUGCAAUUUUUGUGAUCUCCGAAUUCAUAACACCACUGACCAUCAACGUCUCCGCCUCUUCGCCUCCACUAUACCCAAGUGUGAUAUCUGUCAGGAAUGUUUGGGCUUCUUCUUUUGCUUGGAGCAUAGAAGUGUGUUGUGUAGGAAAUGUGAUGUAAAUGAACAUGAAGGGAACUCACUCCGCGCCAUGCACCAAAGGAUGCUGCUUUCAGGGAUUGAAGUUGAACUUCACCAAAUUCAAGUGACCCAGCCUUCAAAUAUGUCCCACUUUUCUGCUUUGUCUCACUUUCCAGAGUUUGAACAAAAUGCAAAUGUGAUGGGCAAUGAUUGGAUUCCAUCAGCGGAGUUGGGAUUGAUGAGAGAGGAAGCAAAUUUAGAGAGUAGCCUUCCCAGUGAUAAUGGGCGUGUGCAAGACUUGGCAGAUCUUACUCAAUCCUGGCUUUCUGAGAACGGUGAACACUAGCUUUAGUUAAUAUAUUUUCGGAGAAGGAAUGUGUAGUAUUAGUAUAGAACUGCUUUUAAGUUAUUAGAACGUAGUACAAUGGAUUGGAACUUUGUUUUUCUGUUUUCUUUCCUUAGCGUAUGUGGAUGUGAUUUGGAUUUUGUGG